AUGAGUGACUCAGUUACUAUCAGAACUCGUAAAGUUAUUUCAAACCCAUUAUUAGCCAGAAGACAAUUCGUCAUUGAUGUUUUACAUCCAAACAGAGCUAACGUCUCAAAAGAUGAAUUAAGAGCUAAAUUAUCAGAAAUCUACAAAUCUGAUAAAGAUGCUGUUUCAGUUUUCGGUUUCAGAACCCAAUUCGGUGGAGGUAAAUCAACCGGUUUCGGUUUAAUCUAUGAAUCAGUUGCUGAUGCCAAAAAAUUCGAACCAAACUACAGAUUAGUUAGAUACGGUUUAGCUGACAAAGUCGAAAAACCAUCAAGACAACAAAGAAGACAAAAGAAGAACAGAGAUAAGAAAAUCUUUGGUACUGCUAAAAAACACGCUAAAAAAGUCGCUAAAAGAAAUGCUGAAUAA